AUGUCUCACGAUCAGCAUCCUGAUUCAUUUGGAUGUCCCGACAAUCUCGGCGACAGAUACAAGGUGCUCAUUCUCUCCAGCACUUAUCAGUGCAUCAUCGCCUAUGAGACAGACACCAAAACUCUGGAUACCAUCAGUUGGAUAUUCGACAGCGCAUGGGAGGUCCUCGCACUGUGUCUCGCAGUCUGGAUUGCCGUAAAACACUUCCGUGAACUACGUUGA